AUGGCAGGUCGUGUUCAACAAGACGCCUUCAUUGAUGACUCUGACGAAUCAUGUCCUCUGUGCGUGGAGGAGUUUGACCUGUCAGACAAAAAUUUCAGGCCAUGCCCAUGCGGCUACCAAGUAUGCCAAUUCUGCUACAACAACAUCAAGAAUCACAUGAAUGGCCUGUGCCCCGCAUGUCGAAGACCUUAUGAUGACCAAAGCAUCGAAUGGAAGAUUGUCAGUCCCGAAGAACAGAAGGCCGACAUUGCGCUACAAGCCAGGAAGAAAGCCAUGGCACGGAAGAAAGAAACUGAGCAGAGACAAGUGGAAACGCUCAACCGAAAAAACCUUGCAGGCAUAAGAGUGGUCCAGAAAAACCUCGUAUAUGUCGUUGGCCUCAGCCAGAAAAGCAGCGAGGAAGAGUUUUUACGGACACUGAGAGGCUCUCAAUACUUUGGGCAAUAUGGCAAGAUCACGAAAAUAGUUGUCAGCAAAGCAAAAGAGGGGCAGAACAACGCCAACAACAAUAAUAACUCAAUUGGUGUCUACGUUACUUUCGAAAAUAGAGAGGAUGCUGCAAAGUGUAUUGCUGCAGUGGACGGCUCACAGAAUUCGGAACGAACGCUGAGAGCUCAAUACGGCACGACCAAAUACUGCUCUGCCUUCCUACGCAGUGAGACUUGUGGCAAUCGAAACUGCACAUUCCUUCACGAGACUGGCGAAGAUAACGACAGUUUCAGCCGAGCGGAUCUUUCAUCCAUGAACGCUCUGUCCACACAGCGACCAGCUCAGCAGGCGUCAGCAAGACCUAAUCAACAACCACCGCAGGCACAGCCUCCACCUCAGCAAGCCCCACAGAGCAUCUCCGCAGCGUCCCAAGCAGUCGCUCGUGAUGAAGCCAUGAGUCGAAGUGAUAGUGGUGACGGAUCUGCUCUUCCUUCAUCGGCGAGCUGGGCUGCGAAGAAUGCGCAGAAUGAGAGCACCAGAUCGAGCAAGCCUGCGAGCGUGGCUGCUUCCAGUCCAGUCAUCACAAAUCCAAGCGUCCCGGUGCAAUCUGCAGAGACACGACAAGUCCCGUCCGAGCCUCCGCCUCCUGAUCCGAUUUCGAACAAUCCACCCCAAACGCUUACCGUGCGGCCUGCUCCUCUUCGGCCAAGUUACACCCUGGAGCCUGCGAUGAAGACCUUGGUGAAUUCCUCGUUCAAGUUCACUUUCGACCGUUCAAUCUACAGUGAGGAUGACCUCAAGGAGAUUGAUGCUUACCCUCCAUUAUUCGAUGACCAUGGAGGACUCGUGCGCUACCGCAUGGCAAAAGAACAAGAGCUGGAACGUCAAAAGCAAGAAGAGGAGCGGAACGUGAUAGGCGCAAUGUCUGCUACAGAAGACGAGGAGGCUCCAGCAAGUGGAAGCUUACAACUAGGAGGGGAGCCAGAGACUCAAGACGAGCCGAAUGAUAACUCUGGACGUAUAAGUGCUCAGCAACGAAGUGUGAUACAGCCGCCUUUUGGAUCUUCAAGCAGCUUCUCUUUUGGAGGAACCAACUUUCCAGGCAGUAACGCAGCCAGCCUUGCUCGGACCCUUACCCCUCAACAGCAGCAUCAGCUUUCUCUAUUACGCUCACAAAGCCGCAAUCAGCAGAGCCCCGUAAACAACGGCCAGUAUCAACCAGGGUAUACCGGCAACACUAGUCUACACCAUCAUCAACAAUCCAACCCUUUCCAGGUGCAAAACCAAGCUUUCAAUACUGCGCAAGGGCACGGAAGACAAGCCUCGCGUUACACAUUCGCAAACGACUCCGCAUCAGCAUCAACAACAGUGAAACCAGCAGCGAAUCCCCAGCUGAUGGCCCAACAAGCUGCCAUGAUGCCUGGAAACCAGAAUAAGCACUUUCAAAACCAGCAACUCCAAUCAAAUGUUCACGGCAACCAUUUCUAUAGCGGUGUUCAAGGUCCACCUCCAGGCCUCAAAUCUAGCGGCACACCACCCAUCAGCGGAGGCGGAAUGUUCGGCCAAGGACAUGGCUUUGCUAGUGCCAUGGGCGGCAGUGCUGGUUUCGGCGGCAACAUUGGCGGAAAGAACACCAACGACGACCUUAUGCGUGAAUUGCUACGGACUCGGAACGGAAGUAUCAAUGGACAAGGGUCUGACAUUGGAAAGCGUGAGUUCAAACUUCCUUUUACUCAACAGCCCAUGAUUUCCGAUGCCCCUGCCUCAAGCCUUCUUAGCUCGCUGUAUGGGUCUCAAAUUGGUGGCCAUUACGGUUAUCAAGACCAUCACCUCCAAAAGCAGAAGAAGAAGGGGAAGAAGCACAGACAUGCUAACACUUCCUCCUCUGGGGGAGGUGGUAUAGUUGAUCUUGCGGACCCGAGUAUCUUACAAGCUAGAAUGCACCACGGCGCUGCAGGGCAGGGGCAAUUUGGCGCCCAAGGUCAAGGUGGGUACAAUCCGAACAGUAUGCUAUACGGAGGAGGCUACGGCGGCCGGUGGCAACUGUGA